GAUCGUGACGCUUUUUACGGAUUUUGAGUCUACAGUUUCUGUCACAACUAUUACCCCUGUACUGCCCCAUACAUCUGCUAUCAGCAGUGCCUGCCUUUACAGGUUACAAAGUUUGAUAGCGCUGCGUGCAGUACAUGCCAAACCCGCUGGGAGGCUCAGUGACAACGCAAUGAAGCUAUGGUAUGACCCCUAGUGACUUGAACCGCCCCAUCUAAAUUUGGGGCCAGGAAGAGUUGAAGCUACUGUAGCAUGACAGACACGCCCAACGACGUUCACCACAGAUUGUGGCAUGUUUUAACCCCUGGUAUCCCGAGGGAACAGUCUCAGGAGCUGUACCGUACAUGGGCACCCCUGUACGAACAGGACAUGAAGACAUCACAUUACAAUGGACCCCGCCAGGUAGCCGAGACAUUAGUGAAGGCUCUGGGGAGUAGAAGCAACGCUCGUGUUCUCGAUGUAGCAGCAGGAACGGGGUUUGUUGGAGAGGAGCUCCUGAAGCAGGGCUUCAGUAAUCUGGAUGCCCUAGAUGCCAGCCAAGAGAUGUUGGACAUCGCCAGGACCAAACAGGUGUACAAUAACUUCAUCUUGGACUUCUUGGGAGCAAACAGGUUAAAUAUAGAGGAUGAUACAUAUGAUGCCACCUCCUGCUGUGGGGCAUUCUGUGAGGGUCAUGUGAAGUGUGACUGUCUGGAAGAACUUGUCAGAGUUGUCAAACCAGGUGGUUUUGUGUGUGUUGGGAUCCGGAAGUUCUUCCUCGAGACAGUAGAGGAGUAUCACAAGCUUGAGCCGCUCAUGGCUGACCUUCAGCGCAGGGGAUUGUGGGAGCCCAUCUCACGCACGGUUACCCAGGACUACUGCGAAGGCUACGAUGGAGUUGUCUUUCUUUUUAGAGUAAAGUGAGGAGGAUUUGGCUACCGUUAUGAUGACCAAAGUGUCCAUUUUGUGAAGAGUUAAUAAAAUAGGAAUGUCACUUUGAUUUUAUGUCCUAUGGCCAACACUUUAAAGUGGGCAGUAUGUGGAGGAAUUCAGGAAGUGGUGUAAUACAAUACUUGAUUGACACAACAAAAAGUACAUUGAGUUUCAUAAGCCACAUCAUUCAAUACUGUAUAAGGAUCCAAUAUUCUGAUCCAUGUAGUUCCCCCUAUGGGAAUGGUAUAACCUGCUACCCCCAGUGGUGAGUAGGCUAGUCCACUUCUUGGAAACUGGUUAGAUCUAGUUCACUCUAGCACUUCUUCUCUGG